AUGUGUGGUGAUUCUGAGAACCUUAUAGUUGAUACUGAAAAUGAUAUACUUGCGUUGUCAAUGAUGAGCAUGGCAAAGUUUGAUUGUUGCAAAGAAGCAAAUAGAAGAUUGGAAGAAACCAAUCAAAAGUUGGAAAGCGAAAAUAUCUCUAUACGUACCAAGCGAGAUACUAUAGAAAGUUUACAGAUAGAAUUAAUGAAAUUGAAAAUAAAUGGUGAUGAUUUAUGA